AUGACGACGUCCAAGGCGGUGGCCAAGGUGCCCAUGCGGCGCGGGCAGUCGCCCUGGACGCGCUCUCGCCGCCUGGCCAGCAGCGCCAGCAACUCGAACGCCGUGGACAUGGAGAACUACCAGGGCACCAUCUACUUCGCGGACAUCGUGGUGGACGGCUCGACCUUCGUGGUGCAGGUGGACACGGGCUCGUCCGACCUCUGGAUCUCGUGCUACUACCUCAGCGGCUCGACGUGCUCGUCCACGUGCCCCUCGGACGCCAGCACCAUCUCGUACGGCUCGGGCGACGUCUGCGUCGAGGGCACGUCGGCCGACAUCAAGUUCGGCAACGUGGCCGUGUCCGACUACGUCGUGGGCGUGGCGCAGGGCAGCAACGUGAACCCGAGCAGCUCCAGCUCGCUGCUGGCGGGCGACGCCGAGGGCCUCUUCGGCCUGGCCUACGGCUCGCUGGCGACACUUCCAUCGCCCGGCGGCCAGUUCAUCGACUACGUCACGAGCUUCUCCAUGUACCUGACCAAGGAGGACAACUCGGACGGCAGCUUCCUACUGCUCAACGGCGUAGACGACGAGCUCAUCUCGUCCAACGGGCUCAUGCCGUACACUGUGGACCUCAAGUCGUCCACGCCCACGCACUGGACGAUCGGCAUGACGGCCAUGCAGAUCGGCAACAACUCCGCAGUGUUCCCGUGCUCGACCGCCAGCAGUGGAAGCUGUGACAGUAUUGUGGACUCGGGCACGUCGCUGCUGGCGAUGCCCAGCUCCGUGUACUCGGACUUUGUGAGUACGUACUUGUCGGGGUGUCAGCAGUAUUCGUCCGGAUCGGAGAUCUACAUGUGCUCGAGUGACGUGGAUCUGCCCCGACUUGCGCUCACGUUCGGAGACGUGACCUUCUAUCUGGAGAAGGACGACUACAUUAUCGACCUGGGCGCAAACAUGGUCGUGGUGGAAGUGCAAGCCACGUCGAGCAGCAGCGGCUCGUACGCCAACACUUGGAUCAUCGGAGAAACUUUUCUGAAGACCUUCUACACGAGCUACAACGUCAACGAGUCGGUGACGUUCUACUGCGUGGAGAACAGCACGUGCACACCCGGGUCUCAAGCGGUUUCCUUGCCGGCGUCGUCGGAUUCGUCCGGUGACAACACAGGCGGCGGCGGCUUUGGCAGCGGCAGCGAUGGCACCUCCGGCACUUUAUCCAGUGAUGACAAGAGCCACCUCGUGACGAUCCUGGCAAUCGUGCUGGGCGUAUUGGCCUUCUUCUUCAUCAUUGCGGUCGUGACGUAUCUCUUCCGCUGCAUCUGCCGACGCAAACGCGCGUCCCGGCACGAGCAAUCGCUGCAGCCGGUCUUGGUCGUACCCGGCGGCUACUACCAGCCGCAGCCUGCCGUCCAGCCUUCCCAGGGCUACUACGCCCAACACUAA